AUGACUCGCACUGAGCGCGCUGCGUACCCUCGUGCCAUCAUCAAAGACCGCUCCGAAGCUAAGAACGCCAUGAACAAGCGCACGCCUAAGAGCGGUGCGGGCGGCCAUAACUGGGGUGACCUCCAGCACGAGCGUGAUUUUGAGGAGGCCGGCAUGCUCGACGAAGAGGCCGAGCCUCGAGAUACCGAAGUUGUCCGCUCCCGAGAGCCUGCCCCCGAGCGCCCUGUCCAGAGGAGGACGAGCUCCUUGAGCGAGGAGGAACUCCAGCAGGCUAGGGAGUUCAGGAAGAGGGCCCUGAAGCGCGAGAAUAUUGACCUGGCGUCCAUCGCUCGCACUUCCGCAGCGGUCUCGGUCUCUCCUCCCAACAGGGACGUGCCUAUCGUUACCAACGCUGAGACGUCUUCUUUGGCCUCUGCCUAA